UUCAUUCAUUCAUUCAUUCGUCUGACAAAGACAAGGACCCUCAACAAUUGGGUUCGUAAUUUGUAAGGUCGGCACAUUAGGGGACAAAUGUAUAAGCGAAGGAAAUUGUUCUCCCCCGGAGACGUGUUGCAGCCACAGUUUCCCCGUGAGACAUUCCCUUUGAAUUUUGUCACACCGCAUCGUGUGCACCAGCUCGAAAUUGUGUUCUAUGCGUACAGCUGAUGCACACAACCGGCCUUGUCCCCGCGCGUCACGUCCACUCAAAAUGUCCCCUUAGUUUGUGCCGACCUCAAUAAUUAUACCCGAUAUAGUUUGUUUAGAUUUUCCUUUGUUCUCCUCUUCCCUUCUUUCAUAGAGCCUGUUUUGGUCAGGAACGUACAAAGCUGUGCAUUCCUAUUCAGAAUUUGACGUGCGCUUCACAACCUUAGAAGACACCAUGGCUGGAUGGAUCGUAAAUGAAUUGACCUUUUGUGGAAAUGGAAACUUGUCUCGGAAUACAACUGAUGGCAUUGACUACAAUUCCUGUCCAAAUUGGAGCAAGAAAUGCGAUUAUACGACGCCUUUUUGGGGUCAAGCUUCUAGCAUAUUUGCAGAGCAUGCCCGAGGGAUCGCACGAGUCAUGGUGAAUGGUUCCAGAGUUUCUCGAGAGGGAAAUCAUAUUCCAGCUUAUAAGAGAGACAGCUAUUUUGGAAAUUACGAGCUGCCAAGAUUUCACGUGGAGAAAAUUACCGAGCUGAUGAUCAUCGUAAUCCAUACAAUAAAUGGGACGGAAUAUGAAAGGUGUGGGGAAGAUUCUAUCAAGCAGCUCCAGGAUGACGCAACAGACAUAGGAAUACCCGUCAGUUGUCAUGACGACCCGGAUGACGUGCGCCAUAUUUUGUGCGCUGAUCAUCCGCUCUCUCGUGAAUGUCUUUUUCUGGAGGAAGCUGGCUACAGGAACAGGACAAUAAUUCACUACAAAAAUUGCAGGAAUCCAAAAGGGUUUGCCACCUCUGUAAAAUCUUCACUGUUUUUGAUUACUGCUGGUAUCAUGGCUGCAGUUUUGAAUGCUGGAAAUUCCAAUUAACAAUGGAUUCGAUGGAACUCAAAUCAAAAUGGGAAAUAGUAGAUCAGGGCAAACACUAGAGGCGUGAAGAAAAGAAUUCGAACAGAUCUAGUUUGUGAUAGCCAAGGUGCUCACGUUGCUUAAGCAAAAAAAUGCACAUUCCCUUAUAUUUUAAAAAAUUAGAAACAUUUUAGUGGCAACUAUGACGUAGUAAGUAAGCCAGAUUUAACAAAUUGACAUCAGUUUUUCAUGCGUCUGUCCUGUUAUUGAUGAUGAAUUUCGUCAUAACAUUG